AUGAAUGGACGAAACUGGGCAGCUCUCGUAGUGACGCUGCAGAAUAAAGGACGGGAAAUGAAACGGAAGUAUGAAUGUGAAAAUGAUAAGCGUAAGAAAAAGAAAAAAAUUGAAGAGUUAAUUCAAUCUCAAGUAGGAGCUCUUGAUAAUUUUUUAACCAAAGAACCACAAGUUUCAAAUGAAAGUCAUUAUGUUGAUAAUAUUGAUGUUGAAUUUCUUGAUAAUGUGCCCAUUGAAAAUGAUAAUCUUGAUAGUGCGUCUUUUGAAAAUGAUAAUUUUGAUACUGUGCCCAUUAAAAAUGAUAAUCUUGAUAGUGUGCUCAUUGUUGAUGAAGUUAAUAAUGAUGAUGUUGAUAAUCUUGAAGAAAUUAAUAAUGAUGAUGAUAAUGUUGAUUAUGAUAUAUUUGAUCCAAGAAAUUGGGAUCGUCUUCAACCUACAAUGGUUGAUUUAUUAGUUGCGAAAGGUCCUAAAAGAGAUAAUUCUAUUGUGAAGGGUCCUAGAGAUAGUUUGAAUAGACGUUUUACGACUAAUUUGGGACAAUUAGCAAAUGAGGGUUAUAGUGAUUGA